AUGCCUCCAGCCGGCGCAGCCGCCGCGAAAGGUGCACCCACUAGCGUCCAGCCCGUCCCCGUCGCCGCGAUCAACGGCGGACCAGGAGGCGGAGCAGGCGGCGCAUUGGGAACUGGUUCUGGUGCUGCUGGUGGAGCCGCGUUAGGCGUCGCGGGGGCGGGAAACGCGGUGAAAGCGCCGAUGAUGGUGUUCACGCCGCGCGAAGAUGUGGCUCUGGAAGACUUGGAGAGAAUCUUGCCGCCGUUAGGGUUUGGAAGCGGGGGUCGCGUGUACCGCGUUCGGCAUAAGAAAUCGGGCAAGGAGUACGCGCUAAAGGUGAUUCAGGAGAAGUACGACGAGGAGGUGCGGAAGCAGAUCAUCCAGGAGAUGCAGAUCCUACGGCGCGCACGAUCCGACCAUGUGGUGGAGUGUUACGGCAUCUUUGACCACCUGGGGGAGAUCUCGUUUGUUCUGGAGCUCAUGGAUGGUGGCACUCUGGCGGAUGUGACUAAGAAGAGGGGCAAGAUUCCGGAGUCGUUUAUGCCGGAGGUGAAGAUUGCUAAUAUGGGGGUGAGCGAGAGCUGGGAUUCAAAGUGCCUCACAACUCAUAAUCAUUCUCCUGUCUAUGCCCUCUUCCCCCUAUCCCCAACCAACCCCCUCUCCCCCCCACACCCCUCCCUCUUCUCGCAGGUGAAGAUAGCUGAUUUCGGGGUGAGCAAGGAGCUGGCGUCCACCCUCGCCCAGUGCAACUCGUAUGUGAAGAUUGCUGAUUCCGGGGGGAGCAAGGAGCUGGCGUCCACGCUAGCCCAGUGCAAUUCAUAUGUGAAAAUUGCUGAUUUCGGGGGGAGCAAGGAGCUGGCGUCCACGCUAGCCCAGUGUAACUCCUAUGUUGGCACCUCCGCUUACCUCUCCCCCGAGCGCAUCAACCCGCCGCCAGGAGAGGGCUACGACGGCUACCUCUCAGACGUCUGGUCCAUGGGCCUCUCGCUCCUCGAGCUCCUCUUACCCCUCCUCACUCACUCCCUCCUCUCCGCCUCUGGUUUCCCACCCCUGCUUCCCCGCUUUUUUCUGAUAGGGCAAGGGGGGCAGCAGCAGCAGCUUCAGCAGCAACAGGGGAGGGUAGCUGGGUCUCAAAACGCACAAGUGCAGCAGAGGCAACCAUCUCAGCAGGGGCAGGCGCAGGGGCAGCAAGGUCAAGCAGCAGUAGCAGGGGCGGCAGGGCAGGGUGAGCCGCAGAGGGCAGCACCGCAAGUGCCGGUGGCGGGGAUGGUGCUGCAGAUGCCGACUGCUGGGUUGUCGAGAGGUCGGAACGUGGUGCUGGCUCAACCGCCCAUGCGCCGAGGGGCGAAAGCAGGGCCGAACCAGCAGGGGACGCCACAGCAGCAGGGGCAGCAGGGGCAGGGGCAGCCACAGCAGCAGCAGCAGCAGCAGCAGCAGGGGCAGGUGCCGUUGCCACAGCAGCAGCAAGGGUACCAGCAAAUUCAAGGGCAGCAGCAGGUGCAGCAGGUGCAGCAGCAGGUGCAGCAGGUGCAGCAGGUGCAGCAGCAGAUGCAAGGGCUGAAGGUGCAGGGGCAGGGGCAGGCGCAGGUGAUGCAGCAAGGGCAGGUGCAGCAGCAAGGCGGUGGAGUGGCACAACCAGCACCCCAACGCCAAGCGCCCCAAGCUCCUCAGCCGUCUCAAAGACCAGGUCAGACUCUGCAGAUGCAGAAUGCUGUGGGGAAUAUGAGCCAACCCGGAGGCCAGCAAGCGAUUCAACAAAUAAGCCAGCAGCCGGGCGUGAUGCCGCAAUCACAAGGGCAGAGCCGAGCAAUGGGAGCUCCGCAGGGUUUGGUACAGUCACAACCGCAACCACAAUUGCAGAUGCAAGGCAUGGGUCAGUAUCAGCUGCAGCAGCAACAGCCAGUUGUUGGAGGACAGAUGGCAGGACAGCCACAGCAGCAGUAUGGGGUGCAACCUGGUGUGAAGCACUACCAGCCGAAUCCACAGAUGCUUCAGCAGCUCGCAGCAGCACAGCAGACAUUGCCAACACGGAAGUAA